ACCGCGCGCCGGGCGAUGGAAUCAGCGCAGCAAGCCACAGCUCUACUUCAUCAGCGAGUUGCAGCAGAGAUCGAGAUGGAGAUCCGCGGCAUGGGCACCACCGCCGUCCUCGCUCUCCUCGUCGCCGGCCUCGCCGCCGCCGCCGCCGCGAGGCCCUCCCACGCCGGCGCCAUCAUCCGUCUCCCCACCAGCGGCGGCGGCCGGCCGUGGGAGUGCUGCGACUUCGUCGUGCGGGACCCGGACUUCCGGCCGCCGCGGUGGCAGUGCAACGACGUGGCGGCCGAGUGCCCCGCCGCCUGCAGCCGGUGCGAGGAGGCGCCGGGCGACGGCGGCGGCUACGUGUGCCGCGACUGGGUCGUGAGCCUGCUCGAGCCGCCCGUGUGCACGCCGAGGCCGUGGGACUGCUGCGACGCCGCCGUCUGCACCAGGGAGUACGUCCCCUUCUGCCGCUGCGCCGACGAGGUGGAGGCGUGCCCCAGCAACUGCAGCGUGUGCGAGCUGGCGGAGGCGGACCCGCCCCGCUACCGCUGCCUCGACCAGUUCCACGGCUACCCUGGGCCCAAGUGCACGCCGUUGCCGUGGAUGGGCAACUAGCCCAGCACGUACACGCCCGAUCAGCUAUAUCUACGGACACGUACGUACGCCCACAAAUAAAUAAAAUUAGCUACUGUAGCAAGUGAUUGUUCAUCCGACGUGGACAAUUAGCUACCCUGCUCGCUAGCUCCUACUGUAUUUCGUGCAACUCAAUAAGAGACGUGGCCAAGUAGACCUCGGUCCCAAGUGCAGAUCAGAGUGGAGAUAGAUAUGAUCAACCGACUACAGUACUACACUACUACUGCACGUUGAUCCAUUGUGCAAGUACGUACUCCCUCGUACUAAUGCGUCCAUGCGACACCGUGUUGUGGGCCGCGAACGAUGUGGGCUGUCUACUCGUGCAUUUUAGAUGUACUUCAGAUGUGUGUUGGGCUGAACCGAUUUUUCUCAGCCUUGUUAGUU